UUACAUUGCUUGUUGAUAUAACACACCAACAUCCAAUCCUAACCUGGAAGGAAAUCUUCAGUGUUUGGAGGUUUAAAAAGUAUUGCGCAUGCGUAUAUGCAAAAGGCUUCUGACAUCCGGUUUCAAUAGCAGGUAGAUGAAGUCCUCUGACCCCAGCAUAAAGAAUGUAUGACAAUUAACAACUGUCUCGUCAUCAUCUGCAGAGGGGAGACUGAGAGAAAUGACCUUGACCUUGGAAAUCUGAGAUUGGAAUAAAGUAAAAUCAGAAGAGGAGAUCUAAAGAGGAAUACAUAGAGAGUUCAAGAUGGAUGAAGAAAUGUUUGACAUGCAUGUCUGCCUGGUCUGUCAGUCGACAGUGGUGGGUCUACUCAACUAUAUCAACCACAAAAAGUACGACUGUCCGGGAAAGAAGAUCAUCCCAGCGGUCCCCACCAGCGGUGCCUCACCCCCGUCCCAGUCCCCACCCUGUAGCAGUGUCCCCACCAGCCAGGUGGAGACUCAGGUGGUGGGGACCAUCACCGUCCUCAGUGAGAAGUCUGAGGACUACAUGGGAGGACUCCAUCUUCUGGCCAGUCAGUGUCAGCCCACAACUGAACAGGAGACGGUUCUGACAUCUUCCUUUAAAAAUCUCAACGACACUCAGGCAAACAUCUCCACGGAUCCCAGCAGCCUGGCCUCGGAACCUAUACCACAGAAUCUGAUGAUGCAGCGCAGUCUCAGUCAGCAGAAUUCCAUUACAGUAGCACAUAGCCUGGGUAUUGAACAGAAUGGUCUUCCAAAUUCCAAUUCCACUGUGGGUCUGUCUGAUCAAGAACUAGCUGUUGUGAUUGAUUUCUCCACAGAAAAGAGUGAUAAUUUUAGUCCAAGCAAUGGACAAGGGGUGGAUCCAAACGUUGUUAUGUCUGAUGCCACAAGUAAAGAAAAACCAGACUUCUUCUCUUCCCUUGCUCUUCAGAGUAAAUCUUCAACGUCCAAAGAUUCUGGACAUAACGAGGGCAUGUUUGGAGACCAAGGGCACAACAGCAUAAAUGAACUUCCUAUAGCAAAUAUCCUUAACAGUUUGAAUUUCAGUGAUGAUGAUUUAGAUUUUGAUGAAGAUUUCCUAGAGGAAGCUUUUUCUGACGAGUCGGACGGUGACUUUCCGCCACCCGAGCACACUCGCGGAAAGUGGAAACCUGGAGAGGGGCCACAUCAUUCCACAGGUGGAAAGUGGCGAUCCCAGAGGACUAUAAUAAGCACAGGUGGGAAGUGGAAACCAGGCAUGGAUAGAGAAGGUGGAGGAAAGGGGAAAGGAAAGCAUAUAAAAACAAGAUCCAGCGAGUCAGCUUCAGAUUAUUAUUGUGGUACGUGUGAUAUGUCUUUCAAAUCUAGAUACAUUUACUCUGCUCAUUGUGGUGGGAAAACACACAAGAAAAAGAGACGAUCGGGUAAGAAAAUGUACGAAGAUGAAGACGAAACCAUGACUGAGGAAAGGGAAGAAAAUGCUGACGAACAAGAGGAGAAACAUGAUGAAAAAGAGGCAGAAACAGCUUCCACUCAGAAUGAGCAAGACAAAAAUGCAGAGGAAAGUAAAGAAAACACUGCUUCUGUGGAGCUGGCUGAAGUUCCAGUCACAAUUAAACCCAAAAAGGAAAUCACAGAACAUGAGUGUAAAAUCUGUGAUCAGAAAUUUGCCAACUUGUAUGUUUUAACAAGACAUUUGUUAUCUAAAAAACACAAAAACAGAGCAAAAGGGGAGAAAGACACUAUAAGGACCCUUGAGCAGUACCACAAAUUUAUUGUUCGACUGAGUCCAUUCCAAUGUGGGUUAUGUCAGUACUACUUUAAUCAAGAAAAUGACUUGAUAGCUCACCUGAAAGAAAAUGUCCACAGGAACAAUUGUAAGAAACUGCCAGGAGAAUUGAUGUGUACUUUGUGUCAGUAUAGUUGUCAUACAAAUGAGGAUAUGAUUUAUCACAUGAUCAAUGACAUAAGCCAUAGAGAGGCUGCAUUAAAAGGGAGAAAACUCUGCAUCAUCAAAGAAAAGUGGUUUAUGGCUGCCUGUAAGUUCUGCAAAAAGAAGAUGCACUCAAGGGUACACAUGAAGAGGCAUGUGAGGUCAAAGCAUAGGAAGGAGCUCAAUUCUGUGGGUCACAUUAUAGGAGAUACCCAGAUAGAUGAAGUCGGAGAAUUUUCUUGCAGCGAGUGCAACAACAGGAAAUUCAAAACUUACAAUGCCUUUGUGAUUCACAUGAACCGGCGUCACGGAGACAGCGAUGCAGCCAUUUGUGAACUCUGCAACAAAGUUUUAUCAGGAAGGAAUAGUUUCUCACAGCACAUGAAGAGCAAGAAGCAUAAGAAGAAGGAAAUGAUGAGAUACUUAGGGAAGAAAGAGGGAAAAUUUGAAGAGGUGAAGGAAGAGAAUGAAGGGGCUGUAAAGGAAGAAGACAAGGAGGUGAAGAGUGAGGAAAUGAAGAAUGAACAAGGAGAGGAAGAAGAAGGAGAGGAGGAUAAAUACACCACACUGAAGUACAACACCCAGAAACCUCCCGUCCCAGGAAUGUAUGAACGAGCACACAACAAUCACCAUCUGAAAAAGCCCCGAGGCCCAUACAAGAAAAGAGGCAAGAAACUUACAGAUAAGCCAGCUCAAGAAAAGAUCUUCAAGUGUAAUCAUUGUGAUUACAUGGUGAACAAGUAUGCUGACCUUCGACCUCACUACAUGGAGGCUCAUUCUAAGGAGAUUCUAGUCUGUGAGCUUUGUGACAUUACUUUUCUCAAUGAGAAAGCACUGAAGCUUCACUAUUCUGGAAAGCAACAUCAGGCCAAUUUAGCUACAGUGGAAGAUAACAAUACCAAUGAGGAAGGAGAACCAAGCAUCUUCCAUUGCCACAUCUGUAACAAGAGAUUCACAGAUGAAGCCUGGAAGCAGUUCCACAUUGAUGUUUAUCAUCUGCAUCCAAACUCAGAGGAGCUGCUGGUUAAGGAACUGGGAAGGCCCGACAUAACAUGGGAGAAAUACAAAGACUUCUUAGAGACCGUUAAGAACUGUGAAAGGAAUGAGAGAAUACCUUGCAAGGAGUGUGGAAAAGAAUUGAAGAAGGAUUACAUGUUGGAGCAUUUACGUCUUCACUCUGGUGAUCGUCCAUUCAAAUGUCGCUACUGUAACCUUGGUUUCAUGUCGCCAUUGUCUCUGAGGCGCCAUCUGCUGACUCACCUGGGACUGACAGAGAGGAGCUGUGAUAUAUGUGGAAAGAAGUACAAGAAAGUGGAGUCUUACAGGGAACACAUGAGGCAGCAUGCAAUGGAGAAACAGGGAGUGCAGAAGCUUAUGUGUGAUGUCUGUGGAAUGUCUUUCUACCUCCAACGUCAGCUUAAGCACCACAUGCGUCGACAUGGAGAGAAAAAAUUCAAAUGUGGAGUUCCAGACUGCCACUGGAGUUUCUAUUUUGCCAAUGAACUUGAUGCUCACAUGAAGUCCCAUACCAAACACCGCCCAUUUCUCUGUGACCAGUGUGGGUACUCGGCAGGGACUAAAAAUAGACUGCUGCGUCACAGCCGUACUCACACUGGAGAGAGAAACUUCCACUGUGAAUACUGUACCUACAAAGCCGGUACUAGAACUCAUCUUCGUCGUCAUAUGAGAAUCCAUAUUGGUUCAAAACCAUACAAGUGCCCAUACUGCGAUUAUUCAUGUAACACUCAUGAAAACAUCCGCAAGCAUAUAAUGAAGACUAAAAAGCACGAGGGACUGUUUAUCUACCCCUGCAAGUUCUGUGAAUGGGGUUCUAACACCGUGAAUGAAUUCCGUGCUCACUCCAAAAUAAACCAUCCAGAACAUUACGAUGAUGAGAAGUACGAAGGCAUCGCAGCAGUCAUGGGAUUGUACGUCAAGGAGGAAGAUCUCCAGAAACCUACAGAGGGCAUGAAAAUCAACCCAGUUAAAGAACGGAAGGCAAGGGAACCUUCAUCUCAACCCCCGGAGAAGAAAAUCAAAGCGGAGAGUAUGUCCCAGUCAGUGGAGGAACCCAUCAUAGUCGUGCCGAGUUACUCCCAGGAGGAAGUGGUAGAGCAUUAUGGGACUGUGGACUACCACAUUCCGUACAGUGGCCAGAACGACACGGAUAUCAGCCGACCCUGGAAUCCAACGUCUCAGAUAGAAACGGAGCGGGCGGUGAGGACCGUUAUCGUUCCGUCGACAUCCGGUGAAACUGUUAUCACGUACGAGUACGAAACAAGGGAGAUGACCCCUAACGGGCCUGGAAUACAAGGGGAAAUUUAUUACACCAGUUAGCAAAAAGAUCUAACAUGUUAGGUUGUUAAAGUUUUUUUUCACUAUUAAUAUAAACCAUAAUUAACCUAUUGCUCAGAUUUAAGAAACCCAUUAAGGAAAUGUUAAAAGUAGUCCAAUUUGGUCAAAGUCAAAAAAAAUAUGUAAAACAUUUUCUUGGAAUAACGUUUCUAAAUAGACGUCUAAUUUUGCAGACAUUAUACCAGGUAAUUUUUUGGUAGGUCUUAAUUCAUCAAGAGGCCAAAGGCCUUGACUUGUCAUUUUUUGUAUGCAUUCUAUAAAAGGUUGUUUAUGCCAAAAUCAUGUAUUGUUAUGAAAUGUGUCCUUUUGCAUAUUAUUUUGUUAUAAAAUCUUCAGUACUUUUGCAUUACCACUAGUUUUUAGGUUUGCUAUAUCUUAUUUGUAUCUUUAAUGUGCUACCUGAUAUUUUUUGGUAGUUAAAAUUUUGUAUGUGCCAUAAAAAUUGCAUACUACAAACUUUGUAUUAAAAUGAUAAGAUCUAAACCUGUUUGAAUUUACGAUUGCAAGGUUUUCAGACAUUUUUUUCAUAAAAUAUAUACAAGCAAUUAAAAUUACUUAAGAAAUGCAGAAUUCCUUACAUUUACUUUACUGUGAAAGGGGCACAACUACAUGUAUACAUUCUUUUUCAUUUAUUUGCAAAACGAGGAAAUUUUUGGAAAAGUGUUUUAGGAAUUCUACAAGCAUUUAUGUACAAUAAUUGUUUUCUGGCCUCUCAAAAAAUUUUAUAAAUUAGAAAUAUAUUACUAUUAAACACAUAUUACUGCAGUGAGAGAAUUAAAAAAAAAGGAAAAAUUAAUAGCAAUAGAUAUUUUUGCCAACAAAUGGAAAUUAUUGUCUUGUUUAUAUUCUAACAUUUUAGUGCUUUGGCUUUUCAUUUUACCAGCACAAAAUUAAAUGUACCAAUUUGCUUGUAUGUUUUGAAUUUUAAUAUAUUACUGGGAUUUUAAUAUGUCCAUUCAAUCAAACUUUGACCUUGUUAUGUUGGAACAUAAUAGAACAGUUGGAUAUAUGUAAGAGUAAUUUUAAUCAGAAUGAAAAUAAUUUUAUGCAUAUUGAAUUUUCUGAUGAUAAACUGUUUUGUUUUUAAUCAAACUUUGAUAAACAUCUAAUUUUUGUACAUACAAUUCCUAAAAAAAAAAACUUGAUAAUAAACUAUUUUACCU